CCGCACGUCACCGGAAGUAGACAGCGGCGGCUGCGGGACGGUAUUUUGAACAACAUUAGCCGCUGCUGCAGAACAUUUCAUGAGAAACUCGCUGUUUUGCGACAUUAAAUUAUCUGUUUUAAAGACAUAUACUAAAGUGCGUUAUGCUAACAGUCUGUGCCGAAGUUGUUAUGGAAUAAGUCGUCGUACAAAUACGUUAACCGAUAUUAUUACGCUCGAAUACUAGCAGAUUGAAACGUAAACAAAGGUGAACGUUUUCUAUAAAAUGCGUUUCAAGAGAUUAGCGUGUAGCUUCGCGCAUGUUUCCGCAAUAUUAAAUACAAGUGAUCUAUAAAUAUGGAUCCGUAUAAGAACCGACACAUGCGAUAGAUCAUGUGUGUGAUUGGCUCAUCAUGGACGACUCAGACCAGGACUUCACCGAGCUCUGCUCUCGUCUCCUUAAAAGAGUGAAGAAGAGAGGAGCAGGAGGAUCUGGAGAUGAAAAGAGAUCGGCGACCAAGGAUGAGCAGCCAUCCUCCCCCUCUUCUAGAAGAAACCCACCCAAGAGGAGAAAGAAGACCGAUAGGACUGAAGUGAAGAGUGGGAUCAACGGCAGGACUCAAGCUGCAGGGUCCGGCGGUGUUUCUCAGCCCGUGCCUGAAGUGCCUGGCACAGGGAAAGUCAAAGACGCGGUGAUCCGGAGAAUGCAGCGGUUUAAGAGAGCCGGUCCGGAGAGACUCCUGCACGCAGAGACCGAGCGGCCCACGACCUCGGAGUCUGAUGGAAAGCACCUCGCUGCUGGGAUCCAGCUCACAGAAGAUGUAAGCAGCGACGAGGCCCUGGCUCUUCAGCUUCAGCAGGAGUUGGAUCGUGAGGCUCAGUCCACUGGAGACGUGGAAGACGAAGGACUGUUCUUCUGCCAGCUCUGCCAGAAAGAUCUGUCAGCCAUGAGCCCUCCGCUGCGCACUCAGCACAUCAACAGAUGUUUAGAUGCAAGCGAGAGCAGUGCUCCUUCAGCGUCCCAUCAUCCCCAACCCAGACCACGGGUCCCAGAGUGUCCCAUUUGUGGAAAGAGUUUUAAAUCAGAAAAAAGCCGGUCUGUCCACCUGAAGCGUUGUUCGACUGAUAUGGGGGUGAAACCAAAUGACCUUCUCCAGGCUCUGAGGAGGCAAGCUGCUGAGACAGCAAGCGACAGCACAACUGACCAAUCGCAGCAGCUAGGUAGCGCUACGAUAGCUAAGAGGGAUGGCAUGGCUGCAAAAAAGAGAACCAGGAGGAAAGCCCAGAAGUUGGACGAGGACACAAUGGUGGCGCUGGCUCUGUCUCGUUCUUUACUCGAGCAGGAAGUGGAACAGGAGCGAGAGAUGCUGGCUCAGGUCUCCAGUCCUCCUGCGACGGUGGCUCCUGCCUUACAGUGGAAACCUGGAGCAGGUAAGGGUCGUGGGAAGAGAAGGAAGGGAGCGUCUCCUGUCCACCCACCACUUCUCCUCAUCCAGGACCCUCAGGCAGCACUGAACCGUCUGCAGGAGCGGGUUUCGUCUCUCUUGCUUCGUUCCAGACCCCCCUCUCCUCCAACACCAACCUUAUCCCCCACCACGCUUUCUCUUCAUCCUCACACCCCGCUCUGGGACAGAAGUGCUCUUCGUGGAGGAGGGCCAGAUGAAAUGUCAGAGUUUUACACUUCAGAACUGAGCAACUUCAUACAGCCAUGGGUUGCACCGGAGAGAGAAAAGGUCAAGACUCUUGAAGUAACUCCAGUCAAGAAAUGUCUAGCUGAGGCUGAUCCAGUCCAGGAAAAGCUUUCAGAUCAAAGUCCGGCACAACACCAGGCUACCCGUCCCUUCACCCCCUGUUCGGGUACACCAGGCCCCCAGGCUCUGCAGGACCUGAUGGAGCUCGCAGAGGAAGGCAUGACCCUCACCCAGUAUAGAUACACUGCGUACACCGCCGCAGGGGACAAGUCAGUUAAAGACAAUGCAGUGAAUGAACUUCCUUCAAGUGGCUUUGUUCCAGAGACAAAAGACAAGACGCGCAAGAAAACCCCAGCGUGUGCUUCAAAGUUAGCGUCAGAUCUGAGCAGCAUGGUGAACAACCCUCAGCUCAGCGAUGUGCAGUUACAGGUGGACAGUGGGGACGUUUUCUUCACACACUCGUUUAUGCUGUACACACGAUGCCCUCUGCUGGCCAACAUGGUCCAUGACUCAGGUUUUGGUGUUCAGGAGGAGGGUAUGCCUGUUUCUCAGAGGGUGCUGUUGGGUAAUGUUGUUGGGGAGGCAGUACUGGCAUUCCUGCAGUAUCUUUACACAGCCCACUGUCCUCUGACAAACACACUGCUACCCCACAUACAGGAGCUUGCAAACAGGUUUGGUUUGGCUGAGCUGCAGCAGCAGUGUGAAGAAUAUUCUGCAAGUGUGGAGGAAAACCCAAGAGAGGAGUCUGAAGUGUAUCCAGCACCUGAGCCUCAUUUCGGGGACCAAGAAGACCAGAACUUGGCAGAAAGCAACUUCUUGGAGCUUCUCCAAUCAAUGUGGCAGCACGGGGACAGCGGAGAAGAGGAUGAUUUCAAAGAGACUGCCAGAGAAGAAAGAGACACGGAAGAGGAGCGAGAGGGGGAAGAUGGAGAAAAAGAGGACCGGGUGGAUGAGGAAGAGCUUGACGAGAUUUAUGAGUUUGCAGCAACACAAAGGAAGAUGGAGACUAUGUUGGAGCCUGCGACUGAGACCACCGAGGAAGAGGAGGGAGAUGCAACCACAUCCCUUGGAAAUGAGAAUAAGGGUGAGACGGAAGACAGGAAUGACACAGAAUCCCUCCUAGAGAAAUCUGCCGGCAGUUGCCAUAGUAACAAACAAGGCGUGGAUGGGACAGAGGCUGCCAUGGUAACAAGGCCAAAAGGAAACCUUAAAAACCCCAAUUCAGAGAUUGAGAGAGUUUGUUUGAUUUCAAAAUUAGAAGAAAACAAAGACCCGGAUGCCAGUCUAGACAAGAGCUAUGACCGUUUAUUCUCCCAGUCUGUAGGGGAAUACAUAGAACCGAUACAAACGCCAGCGUCCUGCUCUCAGCAGCAGCGUUACAAGCCAUCGCACACUCUACAGAAAAACACACCUGCCCCGUUUCGUCCUUCAUGUGUUAGUGAGGUAAUCGACCUCUCCAUAAGCCCUCCACCAAGCUUAGAUGUGUCAGGUGAGACUAGCUUCCCCAUGCCUGGAGUGUCUCCUGUCCCUCAUGACGGUGAACACAAAGAUAAAUCUCCACUAGCAAAAGACAAUUCAGUAUGCCAGAAAAUUGAAAACCCUGCUUCCCCUCCAGAAUCUCAAAGCAAACAGGUUGAGCUCAUCGUUCUUUCAGAUUCUGGUGAUGAAAUGGAUGUAGACAAUGGCCACAUUGCUGUUAACACUAAACAUGCUCAGUCUCCUAUCGAAUCUCCUUUGGAACCUCUUCAGAUGUCCACAAACUAUGCUUGCAAAGUCACAGAGAGCAGUUUCAAAGAAUCUGGAUCCCAAAGCCAUGCUGACAAACAGGUAGAUUCUUUCAAGCAGGUGUCAACAGAUAGAGAAACCAGAUCUGAUCGAUCAGAGCACUGUAGCCCUAGGAUUGCCAAUGAAAGCGUGUUUGAUGGCUCCGCUGAGGUUUCCUGGCUGAUUCCUGCCACUCCGAUGCCAUCCACACGCUGUAGCUCUGCCCAGACAUGCAUCAGCAUGCGCCGAACCCAACUCUUCCCCAAAUCAUUGUCUUCUUCAUCCUCUUCCUCUGUCUCAGGUGGUUUGAAAUCUGCUAGCCUCAAUUCUUCAAGCAGCUGCAUAAAAGCUGUACCCUUGACCAAAUCAGAUCUGAGUCCCUCUAAAAAACAUUUUAGCUCUGAUAUGGAUCACUCUCCAGGUUAUAAGAGACCACUUCACCAUCUAAGACUGUCUCAGGUUCCUUCUACAGAUGUUUCCGAUGGCUCCCACAUUGAACAUCCAGCCCAGGGUGUCUCCAAGCCCUCAAGUAGCACUCCUCUCCAUUCAGACUCUUCCAUACGAUGUCAGAUCCCGUUUGGCUCCCCUGUGGUCAAAGACUGUGAGGUUGGGCUCAGGGAUAGUAGAGGUAAUUCUAGAUCCUUUGGCAGUCAGGGAAAAGUUGGCUUGCUUUCUCUACAGUUGAGUUCUCCUUUCUCUAGUAAGAAACUUGAGAUGAAUCAGAGCUCUCUUGAGCAGGGAUGCUCCAGUCUGUCUCAGAACUCUCAAAGCUGCAGUCCUCCAGAAAGAUCCAGAAAGAGUAACAAUGCUGGGGUAGAGCGAAUGGAUUUGGGAGAGAACUCAAAUCAAGGUGAAGAAGAAUUGGUGGAUGCUGCAGGAAACUCAUUUAGUGACAUGGAUGAGCCUGGGAGAAGAGUAGGAGAAGAAAAUCCAAAUCAAGGUUUUGAGGGACUAGUGGAUAUUGCGGGAAACACAUUCAACAAUAUGGAUGCGACUGGAAGAGCAGAAGAAGAGAAUCUAAAUCAAAGUGUUGCCGAAGUGGUGAAUAUUGGAGGAAACUCAUUUUAUUGCAUUGAUGAGCCUCCUAUAGCGUUUGAUGACUCAUGGGGUUUGGAUGGAGGAGUUGGAAGCCAGAAGCCCCGCUUUAGUCUACGGCUUGACAGCAGCGGAGGUACAGUCAGUCCGCCAGGUCUCGAGGGUAAAGAACUAACGUCCACCUCUCCUCUUGCAACUGGAACUCGGACCAAAACUCCUGAUCCAAGUCCAGGUCCAUUUAAUCACAGCCUACCUGAUCCUGACAUAUGGGAUGAUUGGAAAGAAGAGGAGGAUGUGGCUUCCCUUCCUCUUUCCCAGAGAUUAACAGCUCCCUCGGCCAAGAGAGUUGCAGAACUUAAGACUCCGGUUGCUUGCAGAAAGAGGAAUAAAGUACCACUGGUGCCCAUAACUCCCAUGCCAGGCUUUUCAGAUAUGGACACACCAGAGCUCAAAAACAGACUUAACAGGUUCGGCGUGCGUCCGCUGCCCAAGAAGCAGAUGGUUCUGAAGCUGAAAGAGAUCCAUCAAUACACCCACCAGCUGCAGAGCUCUGAGUCAGAGGAGGAGACCUCAGGACCCAAACGCCCCCCGAUCGCCUCUAGCUCCCAGCCUGCUCCGCUCUCCUUCAAGCAGCCCGCAGCACCCCCUGCUGUCUCGCCCCUGAAACUGCCGAGCGAAGAAGAGGAGCUUUUAUCAGCCUCGCAGAACUCAAAUACAUCCUCCACUGCGGAGUCUGACAGGUCGAACCCGGAGCAGCUGUGUGUGUCCGAGGACGACGACUCGGACGGCGAGGGCUUCACGGCGUCUCAGGCUGUUGUGCGUGAGAAGGACAAACUCCUUGCGGUUCGUCAGUUCAUCCUGUCCGAGCCCGAGCUGUACGCUCGAGUGCUGCAGUACCAGCCUCUGUCGCUGGCCGAGCUGCGCUCCAGAUUGAAAGCGGCGGGAAUCAGGUUAGGUGCUGCUAAACUACUAGACUUCCUGGACUCUCAGUGCAUUACUUUCAGUACGGCCAAACAGGGCCAGAAUGCGUCUUCCCGCAGGAAACGGCGCGUGAAAACGACAACCGGCGGCGGCGCAGCCGGACGAGGAAGGAAGAAAGCAGCUAAGCCCAGUGGAGGAGCCGCAUGAGGGCAGAAAUAAAAUAAUGUAUUAAAACUACAUGAUUUUGAGAAGAAUGGUUUUCAUCUUUUCAACUAAACUAUUCCAGUGACAGGAUUGAAAAUAAAAUGCAUUCAUGUUUGUAUUUUUUAUAUCAGUUUGACAUAAUUUUUUUGUACAAUGUUUGAAAUGAAAAUAUUUUUUAAUGAAUUUAAUUUAACAUCUGGAUAAUGUUAUUAAAAGACAUUUCUUAUUGUAAGUGUCACAUGUUUGUUUACAAGAAUAGGCUGAUUUGAAGCUGUUUGAUAUUUUAUUUUUUUGAGCCUCUCAAAACAAACAAAAAGUUACGAAAACGGUAACUAAAUUUGUAGUCAAAAUAAUUUUUCAUGAAAAAAAUUAAGAUAAAAAAACAAUUUUUCACACGUUAUGGAAGCCCAUCUGCCACUGAAAAAUGAAAAGGCUAUUGCUACUUUUUUCUCAGUGUUUCAUGAUACAAACUUUUUUUGCUUAUAAUUGUGAGAUUUAAAGACAGUUGUGCGAUGUAAAGUUACAAUUUGAACUUUUAUUUCUCAGAAUUGAGCGUUUAUGUUUUGCAGUUCAGACAUUUUCCUCAAAACUAUAAAAUUUUAAAGUCCAGUUUCUACACUCAGAAUUGUGACUUGAUAUCACAAUUUUAGCUUCUGUAACUCGCAGGUUAUUUCUGAGAAUUGCAAGUUUACGUAUGAAAUGGAAGCUUGUUUCUGCCACUCAAAAAAUAAUUUAGACUUUCUCACAGUUGACUUUCUCAGAAUUAUUGCAAUUAGUUUAAUCAUUUAGUGGCACAACAGGCUUCCAUACCACACAUCUAACAUUAGCUUGUAAUGAUAUAUAUAUAUGCA